UCACAUUGUUGGUGGCGUUAUUUUUCUGCAAUCGCCGGAAUAACAUUUAAACGUGCUGAUGCAAGCGGUGGAGACCAAAACGUCGAGAUGCUAGCGACAUUAUCGAGUUUUCAGAGUCUUCUUCGGUUUCGCCCAGGCAGACGUUUAGGACUCGCCUGCCUUUUCGCUGAGAAGAAACUCGCCUGUGCCGCUCGCUGUCUCCUUGCCGCGACGUGGAGACUGAAAGUCACCGGCAGAGAUGUCAGCACUGCCGCUCCAUUGCAGGCAAAAGUCCAAGCUAAACGGAAGAAGAGGGAGUUUUCCGAAAAGAAACUGACUCGCCACUUUGUAGACCACAGAUGUGUGCGGCUGGUGGCCGGUUCGGGCGGAAAAGGGGCUUGCAGCUUUCACAGCGAGCCGCGAAAAGAGUGGGGGGGACCGGAUGGAGGAAAUGGGGGUGAUGGAGGAAGCAUCUCUUUCAAGGCUGAUCGGUUUGUCAAGUCUCUGGCUCAAGUAGUUCCUGUAUUCAAGGCAGAAGAUGGACAGUCAGGAGGCAGCAAGAACUGUUAUGGUCGGAAUGGCCGCCCAACCUUUAUUUGUGUUCCAAUUGGCACUGUGGUGAAGGAGCAGGGCAGGAUGCUAAUGGAUCUCUCUGAGCAUGGCCAAGUGUAUCUGGCUGUGUUUGGAGGCGCCGGAGGUAAAGGCAACAGGUUCUUUCUCUCCAAUGAGAAUCGUGCUCCAAUGUCUGCAACUCCUGGAAGUGUGGGCCAGGAGAGAGUCCUUCAUCUGGAGCUGCGUACUAUGGCCCAUGCUGGACUGGUUGGUUUUCCAAAUGCUGGCAAAUCCUCUCUUUUGAGAGCCAUCUCCAAUGCCAGGCCUGCUGUGGCUGCUUACCCUUUCACAACACUCAACCCACAUGUAGGAAUUGUCAAGUACAGGGAUCAUGAGCAAGUUGCAGUUGCUGACAUCCCAGGCAUCAUUGAAGGAGCACAUCUCAAUCGAGGCCUGGGCAUCUCUUUCCUACGACACAUUGAGCGUUGCCGAUUCCUCCUCUUUGUUCUGGACUUGUCCUCUCCAGAGCCCUGGACCCAGCUCCAGUACCUGCGCUAUGAACUGGACCAGUAUGAGCCUGGUCUGUCUCAGCGGCCUCACGCCAUUGUCGCCAACAAAAUAGACUUACCCAAAGCCCGUGAGAACUUUCAUACUUUGAAGAGCCAUGUUACUCAGAGAGUCAUUCCUGUGUCAGCUGUCACUGGGCACAACACAGAGGAACUCAUCCUUCACCUUAGAGAGCUGUAUGACGGCUACCUCCAUGGAGAUGGAAGCACAGAGGAAGAAAAACCCACAAGAUGGUAAUGAGAAUGGUACAAGGUUUGUCAGAAACGUUCCAGGACUGGUGCCACAAAAGAUAUACAGUGGAGCCUCGAUAAAAUGGACCCAGAUAUAACAGAUAUCCAUCGGGACUGAAAAAGUGUGUCCAAAAAUAGUUUCAAUUUCUCGCUUAAAAUGCCAUUGACAAAGUGUGUUAGUUGCAGAAUUGGCCGCUGUUGCUUACUCGCGGUGUGGCGCAAUGCGGGCAGAGAAUGGGAUUGAUGUAUUGCCAGGUCACAGAGAUACAGUAUGACUAGAUCCAUUUCAAAAGAUGUGCCUCCUGUGCCUUUCUGGUGACCACGUUGAAUGUGGGGAAUUGACGUGGCAGCUAUGUGUUGAUGGUUCAAUCUACUGCCGAUUGUGUAUUGAGCAUGGUAGCGAGAGAGCGGCAUGGCUCUGAGGAAUACAAAACACAGUCUUUGGAGUCCGGAACAUGCUAUUUUUGGUAUAGUAAACAUUUUUUGUCAAGCCGUUCCCCUUUGGCAACGGAUUUGGAACUAGGAAGUACACUAAUUCCUCGCUGCUCAUGAAAGCGACUCCCCGAUGAGGAGUACUGUAUGUCAAAAAUUAAUUAUUACCAAGCACACCAGCGUGAUAAAUUUGGAUAAAAUAUGAAACUUUCAAACAUUUUCAAGCUUUUUUUUAAGAUUUAUUUAAAAUAACUUUGUACUGUACUCGGUGUUUUAGGUCACAAAGUAAACCUGCAAACAAUAAUUUUGUACUGUACAGUAAUAUGGGUUCAUAUGGCCUAAAAAAAAAGUGCUUCAAUGUAACAGACCAUCGGCUAUAUCUGACAACCCACCGCCCAUAUUAGUCCGUUCUAUCAAGUUUCCACUGUAUUUCAAAUUCAAACUGUAAGUAUUCUCUGUUGUAGUAAUCCCAUCUGGGUCUCACGCGCUUUCCCAGUUUCUCUGACACACUUUCAGAAUCAGAAUCAUCUUUAUUUGCCAAGUAUGUCCAAAACACACAAGGAAUUUGUCUCCGGUAGUUGGAGCCGCUCUAGUACAACAAACAGUCAAUUUACAGAACACUUUGGGGACAUAAAGACAUUGACAAAAAACAAUUGUGCAAAAAGAUGCAGAGUCCUCUAGCACUUAGAGCAGUUCGAAUGACUAAUAUUGCAAUAGUCCGGUGCAAUGACCAUUGUGCAAAGGGCGCUGAGACUUCAAGGAGUGUAU